AUGGUUUCCGGCUCCGACAUUGCGAGCCGCUGCGUGGCCUCAGCUUUCGCGACUCCAACACUCUUCGGGGCUGAGUUUCUUUCCAUCGAAGCGAAUGUUGUCCCCGACUAUAGCUUCGACGUUCCACAGGGCUGGACAUACUCACAGCCAGCCUUGAAUGUCCAGAAUGUCACUUUCUGCAACGUCACCGUCACCUACACGCACACUGGCCAGAACGAUACCAUUCACACCGAAGCUUGGCUACCCAGCGAGGACAAUUAUAAUGGAAGACUGCAGUCCCUUGGAGGUUCUGGCUGGACACCAGGACGCUAUAUACUGUCUUACGCCGGUAUGAUCAACGCCGUAGCAAAUGGUUAUGCCUCCGUUACAACGGAUGCUGGUAUCCCCGAGGCCGCUAGCCCCGUUGAGUGGCUGUUGACAACUCCUGGGAAUAUCAACACGAAUGCGCUGCAGAACUUUGGCCAAGUUUCACUCGACGACGAGGCUAGUAUUGCAAAGCAGUUGAUCAAAGGUUUCUACGGCAAAGCUCCAUCGUAUUCCUACUGGAAUGGCUGCUCCCAAGGUGGUCGCCAAGGCCUUAAACUUGCCCAACAGUACCCUUCUGCCUAUGAUGGGAUCAUUGCGGCGGCUCCGGCAGUUAACUGGGCCGAAUUCUACAUAAAUUCCGUCUGGCCUGUAUUCUAUAUGGAGUCUACCCAGCAGUUCCCCCGCGAUUGCGAGCUGAAUGCUAUUACUCAGCUUGCUGUCUCAGUUUGUGAUGAGCUGGAUGGCGUCAAGGAUGGCAUCAUCAGCAACGUUGACGCUUGUCGGCGCAUAUUUGACCCUUUUAAACAGGUUGGGAAGCCUUUCAACUGCCCCAGUCCCAAGUCAAAGCUCAAGAUCAGCCACGCCGCUGCCGCCGUCGCCAAUGCCUCGUGGACCGGUCCCCUUUUCUCUAACGGCAAGUCCAUGUACCCCGGCUACGAGAUAGGCAGCGAUCUAUCUACGCUCGCCCCCACCAACUGUACCGGCACAGUUUGCAAGAGCGGAGGCGAAGGAUCUGUUGAGUUUGCUUGGAGGGCUUUUGUCAAGAAAGACCUGACAGCGACACUGAAGAACGCCACCAGUCGAGAUUUUGAUGCGAUUUUCCGUCACGUCAAACAGAUCUUUGCCUCCAAUCUUGAAACCAAUGAGAUUGAUCUACGGGACUUUAGAGACGCUGGAGGAAAAAUGAUCACUUAUCAUGGCCUGGCUGACCCAAGCAUUUCCCCUGGUGGCACGCUUCAAUAUUACAACCAGGUAUCAGACUUUGUAGGCAACAUUACUUCUUUUUAUAAGUAUUACCAGGUACCUGCUCUCGGACACUGCUGGGGCGGCAAUGGUGGUCAGCCCGAAGCAUUGUUCGACCAACUGCGGGCUUGGGUAGAGAAUGGUACAGAGCCAAUGUCUACACCCGUGGUUGUGACGAAGUCGGAUAAUACGACUCAGCAGCAAAUUCUGUGCCCUUAUCCCCAGAAAGCCAGGUUUAACACCUCCUGCAGUCCUAAGGAUUCGAGGAGAUGUUGGUCUUGUGCACUCCUGUAUUGA